GGCUUGACCUAAGCAUUUUCAAAUACUUUUAUGUAUUUUUAAAAAUAAGAUAAAUCUAUAUCUAAUACAGCACGUUCAAAAUGUCCCCUCCUUGCCGUCUAUAAUUUACUGUUAAGAUUUUGGGGUAAAACGGAUUGUAUAAUAAGAGGGCAUGAACAUGGGCAGCUCAGAUGGUCCUGGGCAUCAUGUCUGUUUCUCUGAGCCAGCUGCUUCUAUGUGAUCAGAUUAAAGGGGCUGAUAGUCAUGAAGGAGCAGCUGGAUUAAACCAGAUUACCCUGAUAGUGACGAGAUGCAGGCUGCUUAACCCUUACCAGUCAGAGACACUCAAGAGUGAAAAGAGAAUCUAAAACUCCUCCAGAAAAAGAGAAACUGGGUAGCAGCAAGUAGCCCAAAGAAGCAUCUUUCUUGCUUUUAUCUUAAUUUUAUGUUUUAACAACAACAAAACAAAACCCAAACUGGACACACCAUUUCAAAUUCAAAACAGGAGAUUAAAUCCAGCAAACACUCCCACCUCCGCCAACAGCUCUGGAAAGGCAGUGCCUUUGUUUGUGAAAGACCGCAAGGCACAAAGGUAGCAUUUUCCUCUCAAAGUGAUGCAGCUUUUUCUUGGCCCCUUCGCUGGACUUAUGGAAGGGGUGCCUUAUCUACUGGGCCUACCGUGCUCAACCCCUUGUGGGAGGGAGCACAUGAAUGAGCAAGUGCAGGAUCCAGCCAGCCAGCUGCUCCAGGCACUGACACAGGAGCAAGCUCCUCGAGGGGAAUGUGGCAGCACCCAGGAGAACUAUCCCAUCCCUGAACCAGGCCCAAAUGAGGUGUUGCUGAGGAUGCAUUCUGUUGGAAUCUGUGGCUCAGAUGUCCACUACUGGGAGGAGGGUCGAAUUGGGAAUUUUAUCGUGAAAAAGCCCAUGGUGCUGGGACAUGAAGCUUCAGGAACGGUCGAAAAAGUGGGAUCAUUGGUAAAGCACCUAAAACCAGGUGAUCGUGUUGCCAUCGAGCCUGGUGUUCCCCGAGAAAAUGAUGAAUUUUGCAAGUCUGGCCGAUACAAUCUGUCACCUUCCAUCUUCUUCUGUGCCACACCCCCCGAUGACGGAAACCUCUGCCGGUUCUACAAGCACAAUGCAGCCUUUUGUUACAAGCUUCCUGACAACGUCACCUUUGAGGAAGGCGCCCUGAUUGAGCCACUUUCUGUGGGGAUCCAUGCCUGCAGGAGAGGUGGAGUCACCCUGGGACACAGGGUCCUUGUGUGUGGAGCUGGGCCAAUCGGGGUGGUCUCUUUGCUCGUGGCCAAGGCAAUGGGAGCAGCUCAAGUAGUGGUGACUGACCUGUCUGCUCCCCGGUUGUCCAAAGCCAAGGAGAUUGGGGCUGAUUUAGUCCUCCAGAUCUCCAAGGAAAGUCCUCAGGAAAUCGCCGGUAAAGUAGAAGGUCUGCUGGGGUGCAAGCCGGAAGUCACCAUCGAGUGCACGGGGGCAGAGGCCUCCAUCCAGGCGGGCAUCUACGCCACUCGCUCUGGUGGGACCCUGGUGCUUGUGGGGCUGGGCUCUGAGAUGACCACCAUACCCCUACUGCAUGCAGCCAUCCGGGAGGUGGAUAUCAAGGGCGUGUUUCGAUACUGCAACACGUGGCCAGUGGCGAUUUCGAUGCUUGCGUCCAAGUCUGUGAACAUAAAACCCCUCGUCACCCAUAGAUUUCCUCUGGAGAAAGCUCUGGAAGCCUUUGAAACAUUUAAAAAGGGAUUGGGGUUGAAAAUCAUGCUCAAGUGUGAUCCCAAUGACCAGAAUCCCUGAUGUUUAUUGGCUUUGCCCUCAUCCGCACAGUAUCGGGAUCUCAGGGCACAGUGGCUGGACAGGGGUGGGCUUUCAUGCAGAACUUUCUCUUUUGAAUGUUAAGAAUAAUUAAUAUAACUCAUCAUGAACAGAAGUCCUUAUGCAGAGGAAUUGGUGUGCCUUAAAGAUACAAUCUGGGAUGGUUUGGGGGAACUUGUAGCCAGAGUGGCCUGUUCAUGCUGAGCAAAGUCCAGCAAGCAGAGCGGAGUUUGGCAGGCAGGUGCCGGGAACUCUUCCUGGAGUGCCUUCAUUGAGUAAGGAAAUCUGGCCCGUGGGUUUCCUGGUUCCACUGCUACUGACCCGGAGGGGAAUGAGGGCUGAGUUAUGAAAAGAUAAUUUCAUGAAGACUUAACUGGCCCAGAAGCUGAUUUUCAUGAAAACCUGCCACUCAGGGUCUGGGAUGAAGGCUUGUCAGCACAUUCAGUUUAGAAUGCAAUGUCUCUAGAGACACAUUGGCUGUUUGGUUUGAUGAUAAAAGGAGAAUAAGAAAAGGCAUCACCUUCCUGGAUCCAGGAUAAUUUUCAAACCAAUCAAAUGAAAAAAACAAACAAAAAAGGAAGUGUCAUGUGAGGUUAAACCAGCUUGCAUUCCCCUAAUGUGGAAAAAGUAAGAGGACUUCUCAGCACUGUUUGAAGAUUGCCUCUUUUUCAACUCCUGAGAAUUGUGUUAUUUCACUUGCCAAGUGAAGGCCCCCCUCCCCAACAUACCUCACCCCACCCCAACCCUAAACACGGUCCCUUGUUACUAGGCAACCAGGAAACUGCUACCUGUUGACCUCACCAGAGACCAGGAGGGUCUGGUUAGCUCACAAGACUUCCCCAGCCCGGAAGAUUAGCAUCCCCUACUAGGCUCAUACUCAACUGAUGAUUAUUAGACAAUUCCAUUUCUUUCUGGUUAUUAUAAACAGAAAAUCUUUCCUCUUCUCAUUGCCAGUAAAGGCUCUUGAUAUCUUUCUGUUGAAAUGAUUUCUAUGAACUUGUCUUAUUUUAAUGGUGGGUUGUUUUUUAUUCUGGUAAGAUUUGGAUCCAAAUCGCAUCAUGCCCACUUGUGACUUGGAGAUUAUUCAUCAAGAAUGAGGAGAUAGUAGCCAUGACAUAGCUUGAGCUGUAGCCUUUAAUCCCUUACUUUGACUGUGGGUGGAGGGUGAGUUUGAAGAGGUUCUGAUUUUCUUGUAACGUGGGAAAGCCAUGACCUUGUGCCCGAAUCUGUCAGAUUGCUUUGGGUAAUAAAUAUUGUUAGUGGCAUCUGACUCA